UUCGUAAAGCUUUCCACUUGGCCCCAAAUUCUUUCGACAUCGUGCAGGUUCAAUUGCAGACAUUUUUUUUUUUAAUGAUCUGAGUCAGUGACCUGUAACAUCCAUUGCAUCCACACAUGCAUUGCAUUAUUGAACGUUCCUGUGAUAACAACUUGACUCCCAAAAUGCCAAAGGUCAGAAGAAUGCGAGCCUUGCCUGCUGAUCAGGCAAGGGCAUCUUGUUACCCUAAUAGCUCCAUGAACAUUGAGCAACAUAAAUCGGAAGAACAAUUGGGAUCAGCUGAUGAUGUGAAAGAAUGGGAGGAGGCUAGGUGCCCAAUCUGUAUGGAACAUCCUCAUAAUGCUGUUCUUUUAAAGUGUUCCGCCCAUGAGAACGGUUGCCGCCCCUACAUGUGCAACACUAGUUAUCGGCACUCCAAUUGUCUUGAUCAGUUCUGUAAGUCAUUUGCUCCACAUGCCUCCAUAACACUACUCCAAGAAAUUCCUUUCACAAACUCGGCCUUUCGCAGAGGGGAACAUGGGUUGGACCCUGGGCAAGCAAGACAGUGUGGGAACCAAUUGCAGCCAAAGCUUGUCUGCCCUCUUUGUCGGGGAGAGAUCUAUGGGUAUCAUAUUGUAGAGCCAGCUCGUAAAUUCAUGAAUUCCAGAGCAAGGAGCUGUUCUUCUGAGAUGUGUGAUUUUAGUGGGACCUAUUCAAAACUCAGGAAGCAUGCAAGGUCUGAACACCCAUCUGUCCGACCAUCAGAGGUGGACCCCAUGCGGCAAAGUGAUUGGACAAGGUUGGAACGGGAAAGGGACUUGGAGGAUGUCCUUAGCUCACUUCAUCCAGAGUUUGUGGAAGAGAGCAGUGAAGAAAACACCCUAUCGGCAGAGUUCAGUGGAUGGAUGUCUUCCAUUUUGGAGGCCAUGUUUCGUACUCUUGGGCUCUCUCUCAUGGUUCAUCUCUCGGAUGUUUCAAGUGAUAGAGAACAGUUGCACAAUAGGAGAUCUGAGAGAGCAUCAAGGGCAGAUUAUGAUAUGGAGGCCAGUCCCCUUGUUGGAAGGAGCACUGAUUUGUCCUCAGAGGGUAUGCCUAGGCAAACCACUCGAUGGGCUCAUGAUGAUGAUGAUGCUAGUGCUGCUACUAGGCGAGACAAUAAUUUGUCAUCAGUGCGUGUGCGACAAACGCCGGAGUGGUCAUCAGAGAAUACUUCCCGUUUCUGGCCAUCUCAGAGCAGGUCCUCUUUUACCUCAUCUGGUAGGCCCCGCUUCCGGCAAAUGCGUGGGCAUUCACCUAGGAGUGCUCACAGUUUUACACGGUAUCCUAGGCAGUCAACAGAUAAUACAGCACCCCAUUCCCGACGGUUGCGAUGGAGGGAUGAAAGAUGGUCACCGUACAAUAGCCAGCGCUAGUUCAAUUCCUUUGUUUUUAGGUCAGGUCCCAAUUGUAAGUUCACAACCUGCUAUCCUUGCAAGUCUUUCUUUUCUCUCUUUUGGUGUGCUUUUGUUUUUGUUGGGGGGUGGGGGUGGGGGGAGGGGUUUGAUCAGCUUAAGUUGUAACAAGCUUGUAUUCUUGCAUCUCAGAGAAACAACAGCAGGAAGGUUCAAGUUUUGUAUACAGGUGAAUAAGGUCAAUUCUUAAAGCGUUAAUUGGGUUUGGUGAACAGAGAAUGAUGAUAUGACCCUUUUGUUGCGAGACAUUGAAGGGCUAAAUUCAAGCAUCUUUUGUUAUAAA